ACCCCUGCUGUCUAAACCUGUGGAAGGGGAGAGUCUAUACAUGUAUAUGGGAGUUACAGGAGAGGCGGUGAGCUCCGUUUUACUCAGGGAAGAAAAUAAGAAUCAAAAACCUAUCUGCUACGUGAGCAAGGUUUUACAAGGUGCAGAGCAGAACUAUCCAUUAGCAGAAAAGGCGGCAUUUGCCCUGGUGUACACAGCUCGUAAGUUGAGGGCUUAUUUCCAAUCACACCAGAUUGUUGUCUAUACCGAUUUGCCGUUGAGAAAAAUACUGCAGAAACCUGAACUCUCAGGUCGGCUUGUUGGAUGGAGCAUCGAGCUGAGUGAAUAUGACCUCAAAUUUCAGCCGCGCACAACCAUAAAAGGUCAGGCCGUCGCAGACUUUCUGGUAGAGUGCAUCUCAGCGACAAAGGAAGAAAAAGGACCUGAACACCCUAUCUGGGUUUUAUAUGUUGAUGGAGCAGCUAACAUAGAGGGAUCAGGUGCUGGAGCUGUGUUAGUGGGCCCAGAUGGCUUUAAGUCUGAGCACGCACUAAGUGACUCUCAGCUCGUGGUAGGCCAGGUCAAUGGCAGCUGUGAGAUCAGGGACCCCCAACUCGGCCGUUAUGCCUCUGUGGUCAACAGACUGAAGUCAAUGUUUGUUCUUUUCCAAAUUGAUAAAAUACCCAGAGCAGAUAACCACCGAGCCGACGAGCUGUCCAAGUUGGCCUCCUCGCAGGACAUUAACCCACAGAGGUCAACAAUUGUCGAGAUACUUGACGCCCCAAGCUACACCGACCUCGCUGUCGAAUGUCAACUAUUGAGUACAGACCCCUCUACACCGAGCUGGACCACCCCGCUAAUAAGUUAUUUACAAAGUGGUGAGCUACCUGAAGACAAAUCCGAUGCAAAGCUGGUUAGACGCAGGGCGGCACAUUUCACUUUGAUAGACAACCGGCUCUACAAACGAGCAGCCUCAAUGCCCCUAUUACGCUGCCUUACUCCUUAUGAAGCUGAAUACGCUGUGAGAGAAGUCCACGAAGGAGUAUGUGGCACGCACAUCGGUGGCAAGACUUUAGCUCGGAAACUCCUAAGACAUGGGUAUUACUGGCCCACUAUGGUCGAGGACGCGCAGAGCUAUGUCAAAAAGUGCCCGACCUGCCAGUUCAGUGCUGAUGAUAUUCACAUGCCAGGGGAAAUGCUAUCAUCUCUCACGUCUCCCUGGCCCUUUGCUCAAUGGGGUGUCGACCUGCUCGGCCCUUUCGUCAAAGGUAAAGGAGGCUGCACUUUCCUGGUCGUUGCGAUAGAUUACUUCACUAAAUGGAUAGAAGCUAAACCGUUGUCCACGACAACAGAAAAGAAGAUAGAAGAAUUCUUAUUCAAUUCAAUAUUGUGCAGGUUUGGCAUACCUCAGCGGAUUAUUGCUGAUAAUGGACCCCAGUUCCGAGCAGCAGCACUGAGAUCGUUCUGCAAGGACUAUGGCAUUGAGCUCUCCUUAACAUCUGUGUACACUCCACAGUCAAACGGACAGGCCGAGUUUGCCAAUAAAAUCGUUUUGCGAGGCCUCAAGACGCGCGUUAUAACCGCGCGUUCUAAUUGGGUCGACGAGCUCAAUAAAGUACUUUGGUCAUGUCGCACGACACCCAGCUCGGCCACGGGCGAAACUCCGUUCAGCUUGGCAUAUGGAGCCGAGGCCGUCAUCCCUGUCGAAGUCGGUCUACCACCUAUUAAAUCAGAUCGUCAGGAUGAUCAGAAUAACGGGCAGCUCCUAAGAGAAAACUUAGACCUAGUGGAGGAAGUCAGGGAAAUGGCUCGAAUUAGGAACAUGGCACACCAAAGCCGUGUGGCAAAGUUUUAUAACAAGAGAGUUCGAGCUCGACAGUUUCAGGUCGGCGAUCUGGUUCUCCGCAAAGCUGGAUUAACCAAUGCCUAUUCGCAUAUGGGCAAGCUCGCCCCUAAUUGGGAAGGCCCUUAUAUGGUUAUUAAUAUUAAACGACCUGGGUGUUAUCAAUUAGCAGAUUUACAAGGUCGUCCGUUGUCGUUCAUAUGGAACAUACACAAUCUUAGAAAGUUUUAUAGUUAACGUGUAUAUUAUUAGUGCUCAGGUCGUUACUGAUCAUUUGUAAACAGCGACUUAUUGAACAUUCAACACAGAAAUUCCAGAACAAAAGACUUGAAUUUGUAUUUCAUCAAUGAAAUGUUACAAGUGUA